AUGGACUACGGCACGGCCGGCCCCGGCCCUGCGCCGGGCCCCCCCAGCGGCAACCAGACCCUGGGCAAGAUGCCGCAGCCCCCGCUGGAGCUGCAGGUGGUGACCAUCCUGCUGGUGCUGCUCAUCUGUGGUGUGGGCAUCGUGGGCAACGCGAUGGUGGUGCUGGUGGUGCUCCGCACCAAGCACAUGUUGACCCCCACCAACUGCUACCUCGUGAGCCUGGCCGUGGCUGACCUCAUCGUCCUGCUGGCAGCUGGGCUGCCCAACAUUUCGGAAGUGGUGGCUUCUUGGGUGUAUGGCUAUGCUGGCUGCCUCUGCAUCACCUAUGUGCAGUAUCUGGGCAUCAACAUCUCAGCCUGGUCCAUCACUGCGUUCACGGUGGAGCGCUACAUCGCUAUCUGCCACUCCAUCAAGGCGCAGCUCCUGUGCACCGUGUCUCGAGCCAAGCGCAUCAUCUCCUCGCUGUGGCUCUUCACCUCGCUCUAUUGCCUCAUGUGGUUCUUCCUGGUGGACACAUCCCAGGUCACCUUUUCGGAUGGGGUGCAGGUCAGCUGCGGCUACCGGGUCUCCAGAAGCCUUUACAUGCCCAUUUAUUUCUUGGACUUUGCCGUGUUCUACAUUAUCCCGUUGGGGCUGGCAACUGUUCUCUAUGGGCUCAUUGCUCACGUCCUCUUCACAAGACCCCUGCCCACCUCGCCGCAGCACGCCUGCCUCGGCUCUGUGCACCAGGGCAGCUCUCGCAACCUCUCCUGCCGGGGCAGUGAGGGGGCCCUGAGCUCCCGCAAGCAGGUGACCAAAAUGCUGGCUGUCAUCGUGGUCCUCUUUGCCCUCCUGUGGAUGCCUUAUCGCACUCUGGUGGUGGUGAACUCCUUCGUGGACCCUCCAUACCUGAACAUCUGGUUCCUCCUCUUCUGUCGGAUGUGCAUUUACCUGAAUAGUGCCAUCAACCCCAUCAUUUACAACCUGAUGUCCCGGAAAUUCAGAGCUGCUUUUAGAAAGAUAUGGAGGUGUGAACAGAGGAGCACCGAGAACCACCCCUCAUACACUGCCUCAGUGUACUACAGUAUCAGGAAAGACUAUUCUCACAACAGCUCCAGUCACAACGUUACUGAACAAGAAGAUCUCAACAGCUUCCCUGCACUGGCAAAGAAAAGCCAGGCUGCCAAAGGAGCACCAGGACCCUGAAACAACCCAGGCAGAGGGAGCUGUGUGGCUGUAUGCACUGCAUUGGGAAAGUGCCAAUAGAAAUUGCUUUGGCAUUGCAGCGAGCUUAAAUUAGUACCUCUCUAGGGCAUUUAACAAAACAGAUUUGUAGAGGCAAAAUAGUUUGCUUUUCUUUAAUGCUAAUUUAUUCUUGCUUGGUGAAGUAAUAGGCACGGGUCAAUGUUUAGCAUCUCUAAAGAAUUUGCAGUUAAAUACAGUAUUGCAAUGCCAUUCUGUGCUAUGUGCAAAUGCAACUCUUCAGCCGGGCCAGAGCAUUGAAAGGAAAUCCAGAAAAAGAAAGGCUUGCCUGGAAAAAACCCUUCCUGCUGGACCAGUUUUCUUAUAGGUUGGAAUUCACUCAUCCAAAUUUAGAUGUCUAUAACAUAGCAACCCCCAUGUGGGCUGCUCCACUAGAGUCCUGUUAUAGUUAGUGGAGAUAAUCAGGCGCUUCCAGAAGGUGGCUUGUCUCACCUUGGGGUAGUCAUGUGAGGAAGGCACCUGCCUUAGGAGGAGCUGAGUGAUUCCCUAGAUGUGACCGUUUCUCUCCGCUGACUGUGAAGGGACCGAGCUGAGCAUCUCGGAUGGAAAAUCCUGUUUUGGAGGUCUGAGGCUGGCUGUCCUGGCUCUCAUCCCGUGUUUCUGGGAAUGCUGCCGUGCUAGGAGCACAUAAACCCGAGGUCCAGACUGGCUGCAUCUGCUACAGGAAAAGAAAAAAAAAUAAUACGAAUGAGUGCUCCUUAAGAUAGUAGUAAUAUUUCCAACAUCUUGGUCUGCUUUUUUUCUGGAUAAUUUUCUCUUUUCUGCCUAAAUUCCUGCAGUUGUUCCACGGGAUGUUGCAGCUCUGUUCUGCCCAGCACGGUGCGGUGCAGUGUGCACCACUGCUCAGGUGCUACGCUCUGCCCCAGGUAGGGCUGCAUUACAACAGCAGGUGAAGCCAUUUGCUUAUUUUCUGAGAAUAAUUUGUGAAAAUUUGUAAAGUGUUUUGUGGUAAGUGACAUGCUAACUAUAGGACACGGACAAUCCUCCUUGCUGUUACCGUCUAAUAGGCACAGUGCAUGCUCGCUACCCAACACGCAAGAAACCAGCCCAAGGCCACUUGCCCCAGACUUGCAAGAGACUAUCUCGACUAGGAAUAAAAUGUAAAAGGCUACACGUGAACCAAAUGCUAAAUUUGCCAAAUAAAAUAAGUAACCACCAGUAACCCUGAAGUGACUGUAAAAAAAUUCUUCCUAGAGCAGUUAAUUCAGCCUCACUAUUUAACAUUGGUUUUCAGUGAACUGUAGCAUUAAAUGAUCUCAUGAUUUUACUUCCACCUUGAAAAAGACUUGUGUGAUAUUUCUCAGAGCACAAGGCUUUAAGUAACCUGUAUAUCUAGGGAAAAUAACUUGCCUGCCUGAGUCAGAACAAGACCUACACUUUCCACCAGGGAGCAGAGAACUGUUCAGGAUCUACUGUGGUUUGGUGUAAGGUGACUUUGCAUGAUAAGUAUAUUGUGACUUAUUAAACUACCUAUU